AAACUCGAACGAGGUUUCAGCCACGUAGUGGCGAGAUUGUGGAACCAAAUUUUUUACCCUUCAACCUUCAAAUGGCUAAAAAUAAUAUUGCAAAAAUCUGUGAUAUAUUGUUGUUCUGUAAUGAAGCUUGAUUUUUUUCUUAUUAAAAAUGGAUCACUACAGUACUCAGUUAAUGGAAGAUUAUGCAGUGGAAGUCAAGCCUGGAAAAAGCUCUGCAUCGCCAAAGACGGCCGUCACAAAAUCUACGAAAGGUCAGAAUCUCAAGGUUGAACCAGUACCCAAACAUGCCAAUCUUAAAGUUGAACUGCAGACUUUAAGGAUAACAGAAGAGUCAACGAAACAACUUCACGAGACACUAAAGCAUGUUUACGGACCGGAUUUCAAGCUUAUGGAUGCUUCCGAAUAUCAAAACAAAAAAUCUAAUUUGGGACGACAAUAUUGGCUCGAAAGAGGCGAUUUAGUGAUCAAAGGCGUUGUCGAUUACUCCUCCAAAGAUACUACUCCGAAAUCUCAUGAACAAUUGACCAAACAUUUUGCCACAUCAAAACUCGAAAGUUACAGUUUCUAUUCUACCCAUUGUAGCGAAGCUCUAAUGCGUGCAGAGGGUCACGUGGGCAAAGCCCUGGAAAUAUUAUUUGAAAAAUAUUACGGAAUCGAAAAAAGUGGAGAAAACACUGAAAAUUUCGAUAUGCAAGAUUUACUGGAGCGUCGGGAUGACGAGAAAUCAGCUAUGGAAUCGAUCUAUGGUGAAAGUUUUACCGAAACGAUAAAAAAUCAAAUCUGGCACGUGAAGUUGAAAUUGCCUUUCUUGUCGGAAACGAGAAGGGAAAAAAUUGUGGAAAAAAAAAAAAUUCACAACCCCAAAAAUGUUUGUCGACUGUUCCAAAAUGGCAAAUGUCGAUUUGCCCAGAAAUGUAAAUUUCUUCAUAUAGCUCCUGAAGAAUGGAACAAAAACUCAGAAAACCUGGGACCUCCGCAAGACUUUUUUUACACACUUGAAAUCCGGUUUCCCGAAGAUUGCAAGUAUCCUUACGAGCCGCCCUACUUAUAUUUCUACAAGAACGAGAUGUCGAUGCCAAAUUUGCGAAAUUUGCAAAUAGUUCAAAUUUUGUACGAGGAAGCAUUGGAAUUGUCGGAAACUGGAACUCCUUCGAUAUUUUCGAUAUGCUCCUUGUUGGAAAACGAGGAAAGAAUGUUGUCGAGUUUGCAGGGAAAAAUGCCUAAUUUCCCGGACGAAAACGAGCCGUUGUUUCCCGUGGAAAAUUCAUUGCUUACGGAAGCGCGCAGGUCGUCGCACAAUAUUUUGGGAUCGACGAGGCGUGGAAACCGCGAAAAAAUCAACUGGGAAGAAAUCGUGAAAGAGGACGAUAAGAUACAGGACAAAUUUUUCGCGAAGCAAAAAAUGCCUUCGUACCGUCGAAUGAAAGAAAUUCGUCGUGAGCUUCCGGCCUGGAAAAUGAUGAGCGAAAUAUUGGAUAUUGUCGAGAACAAUCAAGUCGUCAUUAUUUCCGGCGAAACCGGAUGUGGAAAAAGCACACAAAUUCCUCAAUUUCUACUCGACAAUUGGCUCCUCAAUCGGACUAAAAGUAACAAAGAACACGCUGAAAUAAUCUGCACUCAACCACGGCGGAUCAGUGCCAUCGGCGUUGCCGAAAGAGUCUCCAAUGAACGAGACGAAAGAAUAGGCAAUUCGGUCGGCUAUCAAAUUCGACUCGAAAGCAAAAUUUCCAAUUCUACGAGAUUAACUUUCUGCACUACUGGAAUUUUGCUUCAACGAUUCUCUAGUGAUCCUUUCCUCAAAUCUAUCACUCACGUCGUCGUCGAUGAAGUGCACGAACGUAGCGCCGAGAGUGACUUUUUGUUGAUGCUGCUUCGAGAAUUGAUUCCAAAGCGUCCAGAUUUAAAGAUCGUUUUGAUGAGUGCGACAUUGAAGGCGGAGAGUUUUUCGGCCUAUUUCGGAAAUGCUCCGAUAAUCGAUAUUCCAGGUCGAACUUUUCCAGUGGAGCAAAUAUUUCUCGAAGAAAUACUGGAGCGAACGAAUUACGUGCUCGAGGAGAAUUCUCGAUACGCGAGGAAGAUCAAAGGCGAUUGGGAAAAACUCGAAAUCGAACUCGAAUCCGCGGACACUGAAGGGUUUUCAAAUUGUCAACCAAAAAAUACUAUCCUCGAUGAAAAUUUGACUCUUGCGCAAAUAAUUGGACGUUACGAUCAGUUUUCUGGACAAACUCAUAAGAAUUUGUAUCUCAUGGAUCAUGAAAAAAUUAACAACGAACUCAUCGAACAUGUUUUGGAGUGGAUCGUCAAUGGUGAACACGAGUAUCCGCGAGAUGGAUCGAUUUUGGUGUUUCUGCCUGGUUUAGCAGAAAUAACGUCGCUUCGUGACAGUUUGAAUGCGAACAAAACGUUGUCAUCGAAGACUGAAAAAUAUAUGAUAAUUCCAUUGCACUCGAGUUUAUCGAGCGAAGAGCAGAAUCUCGUUUUUCGAAAGCCGAAAGAAGGUGUUCGUAAAAUAGUGUUGAGCACGAAUAUUGCAGAAACGUCGGUAACAAUUGACGACUGCGUGUUCGUCGUUGAUACGGGAAAAAUGAAGGAAACGCGAUUCAAUUCGAAUCAAAAUAUGGCGAGUCUGGAAACUUGUUGGGUCUCCAGGGCGAAUGCUAUGCAACGAAAAGGACGAGCUGGACGGGUGAUGCCAGGAGUUUCGAUUCAUCUUUAUACCUCGCACAGGUUCAAUCACCAUUUUCUGGCUCAGCCAAUACCAGAAAUUCUGAGGAUUCCACUCGAGCCGUUGCUGCUACGAAUUCAAAUAAUGAAUUCCAAGAAAAAAGCCGAUCUUUAUGCCGUUUUAGAUCGAGUUUUGGAACCACCGCCCCCUCAAAGUAUUUCGGACGCAUUGAAACGUCUCCAAGACGUUGGUGCAUUCGAUUCCGAUUAUUUAUUGACGCCAUUGGGUCACCAUUUGGGAGCGUUGCCCGUUGACGUUCGAAUCGGCAAGCUGAUACUCUACGGUGCUAUUUUCUGUUGCGUCGAUUCAGCCCUCACCAUUGCCGCUUGUCUUUCGCACAAAAGUCCUUUCGUCUCUCCGUUUGACAAGCGCCACGAAGUCGACGCCAAAAGAAAAGAAUUUAUGACGGCUCAUUCCGAUCAACUUACCAUUCUCAGAGCUUAUAAGAAAUGGAUGGAGCUUUGUUCACGGAGUACGUACGCGGGUCAAGUGUUCGCGAAUGAGAAUUAUCUGUCAACUCGAACACUCCACACGUUGGCGGACAUAAAACACCAAUUAUUAGAGCUUCUAGUUUCGAUUGGUUUCGUUUCUGUGAAUAUGCCGCGUCGGGAGAACGGAAAUGACCGAGUUUUCGAGAUAACCGGUCAAGAAUUGAACGCGAACAACAACAAUUACAAAUUGUUGCAAGGAUUGCUGUGCGCGGCGUUGUAUCCGAACGUGGUGAAAAUUUUCACCCCUGAAAAAUCCUUUUCGGUUCAAUCGGUCGGCGCUAUUCCACGGCAGCCAAAAGCUGAAGAAUUAAAGUUCAAAACGAAGCAAGACGGUUUCGUCAACAUUCAUCCUUCGUCGGUCAAUUUCACUGUUCGACAUUUUCCAAGCCCUUUUCUUGUGUAUCAAGAAAAAGUGAAAACUAGCAAAAUUUUCAUCAGAGAAAUUUCUGCCGUGCCCAUUCUGCCGCUUGUUCUCUUUUCCGGUUAUGGCCUCGACGUCGAGCAACACAACGGCGUUUUUGUUCUCUCCCUGGCCGAUGGAUGGAUCGUCUUUGCCGUUGAAUCUCACACUGUUGCACAAUUAUUGCAGUACAUGCGAAUCGAGCUGGUAAAAAUAUUGGAAGAGAAAAUGCAGGAUCCGUUGUUGAAUUUGCUAAAUCAUCAAAACGGUAAAAGAAUUAUAAGGACGAUCGUCGGAGUCUUGGAAAGGGAUUGAAAACAAUGCCAAAUCUAAUAGAGUGAAACGAUUUUUUCACAAAUUUAAACAUUGCCUAAAGAGAUUGAAUGUACUUAGAAAUUUUGAAACUAUUUGAGUUAGCGUUGAUAAAAAAUCCUUUACUUUUAUCAACCUUUCUCGGAGAAGCUGAAUAUUUCGGGAAAUGAAAAAUUUCAAAAGUUUAUUCUCGCAUGAAGGGAGAAUAACAUCGACUUUUCCAUGUUUCUAUGAAAAUUCAGCUGUGAUGAUUCUUGGGAAAACAGAAUUUCAUUAUCUAGGGAAACAAAAUUAAUUCACUUUUCUCAUGAUGUUGAGCAUCUCCGACAAAAAUUAAAAUCUGCCAUUUCCUUUACACUGAAAUGCAUCGAUACCAAACAAUUUUGACACUCGUUGAAGUAUCGAUUGGCCUUUAAUCAAAUCGAAGACUGCCUCAAUUCAUAUCCGUGUUGAAGAUCAUUGAAUAAUUCUAAUAGUUCAAUUCUACGUGUUAAUGUAAAUAAAAGAUCAGGGACAAAAAUUCCCUGAGCUUAUUAUCACGAUUUACCGUUCACCGUGCAACGAAAAAUCUCAUUUUUGAUUAUUAAUACGUAAUUAUAUAUGUGUAAAAAAUAACAAGUUAAAUCAUGUUGGCUAUGCCUUAAAAAAGCAGAGAUUAAAUAUAUUUUUACGGA